UGGUUGAUUUUUCGCAACUGCCGCGUAAGACCCGCGUGUAAAUUGCGCGAAAGCAAUCUCGAAGAUGUGAGUCGUCCACUUAUUGUCGAAUCGUCGUUACGAUUACUUUAGACUCGCGACGAGGCCAGACCCCUCCGAGAUGAACGUGAAUGUGCACGUCCCUAUCACGUGCAUCCUGCUUGUCACAUUGAUGGCUCUUACGAACGGACAGCUAAUGUCAAAGGAGCAUCGGACCAAUGCGGCUUCUGAAAGGGCCAACGACUUAUGGUGUUAUCAGUGCUUCACUAUGGAUCACGGUGAGAAAUGUAUCACUGGCAACAGUGGCAAUUUCAGUGACUACGAGCACAAAUGCACGGACGACAGAAGAAUCUGCAUGGUGAAGCGAUUCUCCUACACCACCAGCACCGAGAACUCGACCUCCAGUCCGAAGACGUGGUCCCUCCAGAGAAACUGCACGAACAAAUGCGAGCCCGGGUGCAUCGUGAUCGGCGAACGCACCAAGCUCUACGCCUGUACCGCCUGUUGCGAGACUAAUCUAUGCAACAACGGCACCGGCACUGCCAACGACCUAACGAUCAAAGAAAUCGAUCUCCUGCUAGCCCUCUUGCUCCAAGCUGUCUUGACUGUUAUCAUGUAUCCGUCCUGACAGUGUCAAUAAAGCCUCUAAUCACAAUAAUCACAAUACAACCCCGUGGUCUACGGGUGCGGGCGUCCGAUGACAUUUUGUCUUGUCUGCGUUCUUUGAAAGAUACAAUAUAUCCCGUGAAAAUCUUAUGGGCUUUAUACAAUAAGCCAUUAUCUAAGUUUUAAGUCUUAAGCA